AUGAACAACGAACGAAAAACGCGCGUGGCAUUCACGAUCGCCACUUUAGCAGCUGCCAUAAUCUCCAUCAUCUUCACCGUACGCCGCCGAACGAGGCGGAAGCAGCGCGAGUCUCUUUCCAAUUCGUGUUACUCACAUUCCGAACCGAAGCCCCAGUCGACGUUUAAGAGAGUCUUAGCUGAUAACUCCUACACGCCGUUUAAGCAUUUGAGCAUGAAAGCCUCCGGUAGUAACGAGAAUGGUUCAAAUUUGCAUCCGUUUGAGGCGGAGAUUACAGCAUUGUUAAGUAAUCACCAGCCUGAAAUUGAACUUGGAGCUGAGAAGUUAGAAAUGAAUGAUUCAUAUGCUUGGGUCGAUACAGAGAUGCAGUUAAAGGAACUGGUCUAUGUAUUGAGCAAGGAAAUGUUCUUUGGUGUGGAUACAGAACAACAUAGCUUGCACUCAUUUCUAGGCUUUACAGGAUUAGUUCAGAUUUCUACUCAACAGGAAGAUUAUUUGAUUGAUACUAUUGCCCUGCAUGAUUCUAUGGAAAUUCUUCGGCCAGUUUUUGCUAACCCUUCAAUUUGUAAAGUGUUCCAUGGGGCCGACAAUGAUGUUCUCUGGCUACAGAGGGACUUUCACAUAUACAUUGUUAAUCUAUUUGAUACUUCAAAGGCAUGUGAGGUGCUAUCAAAACCACAAAAAUCACUUGCUUAUUUACUAGAAACUUACUGUGGUGUGACAACAAAUAAAUUAUUGCAGCGUGAAGACUGGAGGCAGCGCCCUCUCUCAGAAGAAAUGGUACAUUAUGCACGAACAGAUGCACACUAUUUGUUGUAUAUUGCAAACUGUCUAAUCGCUGAACUAAAACAACUGGACAAUGAAAACUCUUGUUCCGAUGAAAAAUUCCAUUUUGUUCUCGAGGCUAGUCGGCGUUCAAACAUGACUUGUUUACAACUUUUCACAAAGGAGAUUGAAGCUUCGCCAGGAGAAUCUGCUGCAUUAUCCUUAUUUUCACGUCAUCAGAGCAAUAAAGAAUUUCCUUCAAUUUCCAAUGAAACCCAGUUUCUGUAUACAGUGAGGCAGCUGUGCACAUGGAGAGAUUUGAUGGCACGUAUUCAUGAUGAAAGCAUGAAAUAUGUACUAUCAGACCAGGCAAUUAUUGCUUUGGCAAGUCAGCUUCCAGCAAGUAACUCUGAAAUAUACAACACCAUAGUUCAGACUGAUGUCAAUACCGAAACGGGUCUGAGCUCUUGCAUCCCUUCCCCAUCUCCUGUUGUUUGCAGCCACCUGAGUGAUAUAUCUCGUCUGCUUGCAAAUGAGUUGGUUAACCAUGGUGACAUUUAUUCUGUGAUUCUUCAGAAGUGUCUAGGUCAAAAUGGAAGUUGUAAACUUAACAUAUUUAAUUAUGCUUUGUUGGUUAAUAGUAACCCGAGACCGACCUUAUUAUCCUAUAAGCACUCAUGCCUAAAAAAUCCUCGACAACAUUCACGGAAUGCUUCUCGAAAUUCAUUCGUUAAAAAAUUCUCUUGCAAAUCUCCUGUUUAUCACAAUUGCCGGAUAUUUGCUAAUGAUGGGAGACUGCUUUGUUACUGUGAUCGGAAGAAGCUUGAAUGGUACCUAAACCGGGAUCUAGCAAAACUUGUUGAGGAGGACCCCCCAGGUAUAAUGCUUCUUUUUGAACCCAAAGGCCGCCCUGAGGAUGAAGGCAAUGAUUUUUAUAUCCAGAGUAAGAAAAAUAUAUGUGUUGGAUGUGGUGAAGGAAGUCACUACUUACGAUAUCGAAUAAUCCCUUCAUGCUACAGAAUACAUUUCCCUGAGCAUUUGAAGAGUCAUCGCUCUCAUGAUAUUGUCCUACUUUGUGUGGAUUGCCAUGAAGUUGCCCAUGCUGCUGCGGAGAAGUAUAAAAGAAAAAUAGCUUCAGAAUAUGGGAUUCCUCUGUAUGUUCGUAGAGUAAUUCAUCCAGGGCAAGAGACUGAAAAACCUAAUGAUGAGGGAGGUGUAUCUCCGUUACAAUUACGAUCAGCUGCUGUGGCUCUUCUACGUCAUGGGCCAAGAAUGCCUCUUGAGCGACGUGAAGAACUGACCGAGAUUGUAAAGAAAUAUUAUGGAGGAAGGGAGAUAUCUGAGGAGGAUCUAGAAAGUGCUUUGCAAGUUGGCAUGCGUCCUUAUGAGAGAAGAAGAUAUGAGAAAAAGAGAGGGGUGUCAUUUAAACUUUCCACAGGAAAUACUGUUGCAGUGCCACAAGGGGAAAAUCAUGCUGAUCACUCACCUGGAAUUAUUAGUAUUAAGGACACAUUGAAUAUUGAUACUCUUGAUGGUUCAUCUGCAAAUGAAGAUACAGUAAGUAGAGAUAAUAGAGAAGAUGAUUUCGGAAAACCCUCUUUGACUUCUGAUCUUGCCGCUGAUAAAGCUAAUUCAAAUGGAAAUAUCAUUUUAGUUAAAACUACAAACGAUGACGAUGAUAAUGACAAUGAUGAUGAAACAAGUAACUCUGCUGUAAAUGCUGAUGAGAGUCUGAGCAAAAGUCAACCAAAUGUUGCAAGCGACUUAUCAUAUUCCAAACAUGAAGAAUCGCUCAGAGAUGAAGAUUCAACACAAACAAAACACCAUUCAAAACUAUCGCUCUUGGGACACGGUCCACAUGGGAAACACGUUGUAGAUCAUUUAUUGAAGGAGUUUGGUGAAGAUGGCAUUCGAGAGUUUUGUCAAAGAUGGAGACAAGUAUUUGUGGAUACUUUAAAACCGCGUUUUCUUCCUGGUGGAUGGGACAUAAAACACAGUGGAAAAAGGGAUUUCGGCGAGUUCAGUGUGUACAAUCAUCUCAAAGGAGCUGCUGCUGCUAGUUUGGAGUGA